AUGAUUCUUGUACCUAUCUAUUUGAAACAACGAUCGUCAUCCUCUGUUCUCAAUACACAAUCGAUUCUUGUCCUUGGUUCAUCAACUAUUCUAUUAACAUUUAAAUUUUUCGAAUUAGCAUUUAGUUAUGAAUGGACAUAUAUUCAACAAAUUCCAUCGAAACUAGCGAUUGUAUAUUUAAUUGCUUUACCAUCAAUGCCGGAUUCAGAAACGAAAUCAAUCGAACCAUCUAGAAAAACUAUACGACAAGAAAGUAUUGCGUCCAUUGUUCGAGGUAUUUGUCAAUUUAUUAUUCUUCAAAUUCUGUUUUAUUUAAUACCUCAUGAUUGGUUCACACUUCCUCCAUCAUUAUUAUCUCCAAUAGUUCAUUCUAUUCGCUGUAGUUUAUUCAGUAUUAUUUUAUAUUUAUUAAUUGACUUUUUUACCAGCAUUAUGUUUGGUAUUUAUAGUUUGACUUUUAAUCUUCACAUGAAACGUGUUUUUCCUCAAUUUCCUUUCGCUGCUACAAGUCUUCGAGAAUUUUGGUCUCGUCGAUGGAAUAAAUUAGUACAAAAACCACUUCAUCUUAUUUCUUUUGUUGCUAUUCCAAAUCUAAUCAAUCCCAUAAUAACAUUGAAUAACACAACAAAAGGUCUUCUUGCUUUUGUAUUAUCAGGUUUUAUACAUGAAUAUGUUCUAUGGUUUACCUAUAAUGUAUGGUCUGGUAAAUAUAUGAUUUUCUUCGGGAUACAUAGUCUUUUGGUAUUAUUGGAAGUUAUUAUACAGUUACCAGUAAAAUUAAAUACUUUAACAGGAAAAAUAGCAGGAUGGUUAUGGACGACAGGAAUCAUGUUAGUUACCUUACCACUUUUUUUUGAUCCAUUAAUCGAAAAACAAGUUAAUUUCAAUGUAAAAUAA